AUGGGUUCAACAGUUCAUGAACGCACGAGUGCAGCUACCAAGCUUCGAAAUUUGAUCGCCACGCCCGGAAAGAUCAUUCUUGCGCCGGGAGUUUAUGAUGGGUUUUCUGCGCGGAUUGCGCUUGGAGUUGGAUUUGAUGCUAUAUACAUGACUGGAGCAGGGACGAGUGCAUCGAGAAUCGGACAUGCAGAUCUGGGAAUCGCCAAUUUGAACGAUAUGCGAGAGCAUGCGGAAAUGAUUGCGAAUCUCGACAGCGCUGUGCCCCUCAUUGCAGACGCCGAUACUGGGUACGGAGGUCCAAUCAUGGUCACUCGCACAGUACAGCAGUAUGCACGAAGCGGAGUCGCAGCCCUACACAUCGAGGAUCAAGUACAAACAAAGCGUUGUGGCCAUUUGCAAGGAAAACAACUCGUCCCAGCUCCCGACUUCCUCAUUCGCAUCAGAGCAGCCGUUGCAGCUCGGCACGCUGUAAGCUCAGGUAUUGUCAUCAUCGCUCGCACGGAUGCUCUGCAGUCGUUUGGAUACGACGAAGCUAUCUCCCGUUUGCGUAUGGCUCUCGAAGCUGGUGCAGACGUGGCAUUCCUGGAGGGCAUCACAAGUAAAGAGGAGGCGAGACGGGCAGUGAAGGACUUGGCACCAUGGCCUGUGUUGUUGAACAUGGUGGAGCACGGGGUAACACCCAAUAUCAGCGUGCAUGAAGCGCAAGAAAUGGGGUUUCGUGUUGUGAUCUUUCCAUUUGCUGGACUUGCACCAGCUUAUAAAGCUAUGAAAGAGGUGUAUACAAGGUUGAAGGUGGAAGGUGUGACGGGGGCGGAAACGUUGAUGACCCCAAAACAGUUGUUCGAGGUGAGUGGCUUGAAGGAUGAUCUUGAGAUUGACGCUGCGGCUGGUGGGACAGCAUUCUCAGGUGGUGUUUAACCUGCAAGACAUUAUCUGAUUUGUGGCCAGACAUUCAAGAUAAAUGUCAACUUGGUCCUGGUGUAUUUAGCCCAUUCGAAUAUAAACUUGCCCCAUUUAUUCGUCAGGUAGGCGAGUUUAGCGACGUUUGAUUUUUGCUGCUUGGGCAAAGAGGUGAUGGAAUGUAAAGUGUUUGAAUGGCUCAAGUGAAGGUGGAGGAGCCGAGAAUUAAGAUUGCGAUGGAAAAUGCAGCUGAGAUUCCAGGGUCGGCGACAAUCGCCUACAUGGGCGUCGAAAGAGCUGAGAUUCGAUUUUCCACUCUCCCUUUACUGGUAUCCAUUGACCCCCAAGUCAGUCACCCCUGCGCCUUCUAUGGUAUAAUUCAUGGGGUAUAAGUCAUCAAAUAUCAAGUCGUUGAGUUCAAAGUUUUGAGGAGUUGCGACAGCUGAUAUAGUGUUACCACGAAAGUGAGCAG